AUGGCGGAGCAACAGCAGUCUGUUCCAGGUGGUGUUGCCCGUGACGGGCGGGUUCAGGGCGGGAAGAUGGAUGCCAACGGCAAGUUUCGGGUCGUUACUUACGGAUCGCGCGCGGGACUUACCGCACGAUUUGUAGCUCCGAGCGACUCCCUGCGGGCUGCCGUCCUCCUGUGCGCCUGCUUCCGGCGGGAUGAUUGGGUGCCGUGCCUCGCCUCGCCUUCCUCGUGUGCCCGAUCUAAUAUCUCGUACUUGAGCUUGGAGAGCGGGAUUAGUUAUUUUGCGAACAAUUUUGCCGCGCCUUUGGAUGGUGAUGAGUUCGAUUCGUGCCGGGACACCUGCUCGAAUAAUUGUUCUUGCCUUGCUUUCUUCUAUAAGAAUUCCUCAAAGGCUUGUUAUCUGAUUCACGACCAGAUCGGUUCUUUGAUUCAGGGGUCUUCUAAGAGUGCAAUUGGGUACGUCAAAACGAUUAGGACGUCUACUUCUUCUUCGUCCCCGGCACCAAGUUCUACAGGCAAAUCGUCUUCCACAAACAUUAUCCCGAUUCUAUUGCCCUUAGUAGCUACAUCUCUCCUCGUGAUUGUUCUUGCCUUCGUGGGUUUCCAAUGGUGGAGAAGAAAAGGCAAGAAGGAAGGACCAAGAGUGAGAUUCAAAUCGCCCAUGAGGGAAAUCAAGCUCGGCCAUCGAAGUUCCUCUGGAGUAGAUGAGUUCAGUGACAGUGAAGAGAUCUCAAUCCCAGGGCUCCCGACUCGAUUCUCCAGUGAUGAGCUAGAAUUGGCCACCAACGCGUUUCAGACUUUAAUCGGGUCUGGUGGGUUUGGAUCCGUUUACAAAGGCGAGCUCCCGGAUGGGAGCCUCAUCGCCGUGAAGAAGAUUACUAACAUUGGGUUACAGGGGAAGAGGGAGUUUUGUACAGAGAUUGCGGUAAUUGGCAAUAUUCAUCAUGUUAAUUUGGUUAAGCUUCGGGGUUUUUGUGUUCAGGGCUCGAACAGGAUGCUGGUUUAUGAGUAUAUGAACAUGGGAUCCUUGGACAGGCCAUUGUUUGGACAUGGUCCUGUGCUAGAAUGGCAGGAAAGGCUUGAAAUUGCAAUAGGCGCAGCUCGAGGGCUUGCAUACCUCCAUUUUGGUUGUGAUCAGAAGAUACUCCACUGUGACAUCAAACCAGAAAACAUCCUUCUUGCCGAUCACGGACAAGUAAAAAUUGCCGAUUUUGGCAUGGCAAAGCUCAUGACCCCAGAGCAAUCUGGCCUCUUCACCACAAUGAGAGGCACGCGAGGCUACCUUGCCCCCGAAUGGCUAACAAACUCUGCAAUCUCAGACAAAACCGACGUCUACAGCUACGGGAUGGUCCUGUUGGAGAUCGUGAGGGGGCGAAAGAACCGCUGCACUCCGAGCGCUGGGAGCGAGUUCAGCGGUUCAAGCGGGUCGAGCGUGGAGUACUUCCCAAUAGUGGCAGUGGAGAGGCACAUGGAAGGGAGGUGGUCAGAGCUGGCGGACCCGAGGAUGGAGGGGAGAGUGACAGAGAGUGAGGUGUCGAGGGCUGUCAAGGUCGCAUUGUGUUGUUUGCAUGAGGAGCCAUGGAUGAGACCGAGCAUGGCAGUGGUGGUGGGGAUGCUGGAAGGGACGAUGGCAGUGUGGGAGCCGAAGGUUGAAGGGCUCAAGUUCUUGAGGGUGUACGGGAGGGGAGGAGGGGAGACAGAGGCGGGUGGUGGGGGUGAGGGUAAUUACAGCGGAUCAGGGUCCAGCGGCGCGAGCGCGUCAUUGCUGACGUUCAUAUCGUCUCAGGAGGUGUCAGGGCCUCGAUAA